AUGUGUGAAUAUGAAGAUAAUAACACUUCCAUUUUAGAUGAUAUCCCACGCCUCUACGAUUUAGUUGAUAAAGUUAGAGAUCCCCGACAAAUAUGUGUCAAAUUAUUAAAAUAUCAUAAAGGUAAUAUUGAAGUAAGUAAAUUUUUGUAUUAUGUUAUGGUCACUUAUGACGUAGAUUUCCCUGACUUCUAUGACACCACACUACACAAUAUUACUGUAGAUACACUUCCUAAGAAUAUUUAUUUUAUUAAAGAGCUUCUUAAUAAAGAUAUUAGUAUUUGUAUAAUACAGAAAUAUUUAGAUUAUAUUAUUAAUUUACUACUUGAUAUUAGUACUUUAGAUCUUAUUAGUGUGUUAGAUGUACUUGUAGAUGUUUAUAGUAAAAUUAAAGUGUUGAGAAGAGACUAUCCCCAGUUUAGAAUAUUAGAGAAGAGUACUACACCAGUGAGAGAACGUGUUAAGAAGAUUAUAAAUUGA